CACCGAAGCUGUUGAGAUUCUGCACGCUCAUGCGACGGGUGGAAGUGCUCGAGGGGGGUGGCGAGGAACGCGGGCGAGUGCGGUGGGCGGGGCGCGGUGACGGUGGUGGGGAGAGGCAGCACACGCGGGCGGCCCUUAUGAGGCGGGCUGGGUGCGCGAUUACGUAACGAUGAGGCGCCGCCGCCGCAAAUUGAUCGAAGGCGCGGACUGGGCGCCGGUGGGAGUGCGCGAUCGGGGCGUGAUCAGGCUUGCUGUGAGCGCUGUAUUGGGAUUCGACGGCCGGGGCCUAGGAUAUACAGCAGGAGUUGACGCGAAGGACACACCAGCCAUGCCGGACACACAGACGCUGAAGCGCAAGCGCCCUCCUACCUUUGUGCAUCUGCCUGCGCAGAAGGCCCAAAAGCUCCGCCGUGACUGGAUCGAGACACAGAAGCUCAAGAGCAAAUGGCGCGCUCAGAAGCGGCGCGAGGGGCUCGUCAAGCCACGUACAGGCGAGGAUGACGAAGGCGGCGCUCAUGCAGAUGAAGAUUGGGAUGAGGAACAGGGGAAGGAAGAUGCAGACGAUGCACGGGAAGAGCGUCAUGGCGGAGAGACAAGGGAUGAAAGCAGCGACGAAGAGCAAGAAGACGAAGACGACGAGGCUAGCCCGGAUGAGGAUAAAUCUGAAGAUGCAGCGGACAGUGACGAAGCGGAUGCUUCAGACGAGGACGCCACCACCUCCCAUCCACCUGCACGCCACGGUAGAGGUCAUCACACACAAAAUUCAAGAAGUCAGGGACGAGGGCAGCAACCCUCUCGGGGACAACGUCCAUCCCGCGGGCGAGGGGGUCACUCUGAUCACUCUUUACGCGGUCAUGACUCCUCUUGCAGCCAACAGAGAUCUCGAAAGCGCUACACCGAUGACCAAGGCCCGCCCCACGAACCCACCCUCCGCGACCGCGCACGCGCAGCCUACCACCCCGAUUCGCUACAUACGGUGAAGGCUGGGCAGGGAAGGGGUGGGCGUGGGCAUGGUGGUUCCCGGGGGCGAGGUGGUCGCGAUAGUGGGCGAGGAGGCAGUGGGGGGAAUGGAGGCAGAGGAGACAGUCACGAUGGAGGGCGAGGCGGCAGAGGUGGGCUUGGCGCGCGAGGUGGGCACGACAACGGACGAGGUGGUCGCGACAGUCGCGAUGUUCGAGGAGGUAGUCGCAACGUGCAAGGAGGGCGGGAAGGGCGCGGCGGGCGCGGCAGGGGGCAGCCCAAUAUGGCGCUGCGGAUGGAGGUGAUGCUGGAGAAGAUUAAGAGGGAUUAUGCGUAGGGUUUUGUGGCAAGGGUGGAAGAUGCCUGAAUCGUUGCUCAGGGCAUUGCGAGGUUUUCUGCUAGGGGUAUACGGAUGCGCACUGCAUAACGAUCACAAAGCAUAUCAUACAUCUAAGUAGCGUGAGCACAAGCAUAAGAAAAGAUACAAGCGUA